AUGCUUCGUCAGAGCUUUCUUUUCGUUGUCUUGUUGGCUGUGGUUAAUUGCCAUCAGAGUAAUACGCCAGCUUCUCCUGGUCAGUUUCCUUUUGUGGCUGACAUCAGAACGCAUCAGAACGUCCAUCUCUGCUCGGGCUUCAUCGUCACAAACAGAUGGGUGGUCACAGUGGCGCACACGCUUGUGGGAAGAAUGCACACCACCACUUGGGUCUUCGUAGGCAAUCACGAAUCCAGCACGAACGUCUUCAGUGUCCUUUUAGCGCCGCAUCCAGUUUUCUGGCCAUUGCCUGAUCAGUACUCGAACGACGUUGCUCUCAUCCGGACCAGAGACACUAUAGUCUUCAGCGCAACUGUUCAGCCGAUUGCUAUGGCGAGUGCCACAACACCAGGAGGAGUUCAAGUCACGACAGUGGGAUGGAGACCGUCCAGAGCCCAGGAUUGGUUCUACUCCGAAACUUUGACGAAUAUUGAGUGUGUUGGAUACUUGCCGGUUAACACGCCUUUGGCUGGUUCUACACUGUGUUCCCGAAGACCAUCUAAUAACCCAAAUAGAGCCUGGCCCGGAGACGUCUUGCUAGUCGGCAACACAGCUGAUGGCUUAAGCUCUUGGAGAAUAUCUGGUGACGAUAGUGUUCCAGAUGUUUACAGCAGAAUAUCCACCUUCAAAGAUUGGAUAAUUUCUGUAAUUGAAUGUUGA